AUGGAGGGGGCGACUAGAGGGUCUGCCUGGCCGCGGCAGUGGCUGCGGCACCUGAGUAAGUUGCUGCCGCGCAGCGACCUCCCGGGCGCCAAUCAGCCCACGCCGUUCAACUUGAACCGCUAUGUGCUUCUUGUCUUUUACAUUGUGUGCGGGUGCACGACCGGGGCGAUCUACUUUGGGUGGCCGGCGAUGGCGUCGCUGAUCUUCCACAAUGAGGGCUUCUCCACGCUGUGCAGCAGGGACCCCGUCACGGGUGAGUUUUCACCGGACUUGAGACAGCAAGGCGAAAUCUUCAUCUGCGAUGCGCAAGACGCAGCGGUGCAGAGACUGUUCACGCUGGCGGGGUCGCUCUGCUGCGUCAUGAGUGCGUGCGGAGGGGCGCUCAUGGACUUUGUUGGGCCCAAGUGGGCAAUGUGCCUGGGGCAGUCCCUGUCGCUCGCGGGUUGGCUGCUGCUCGCCUUUUCGCAGGCCUCGCCCGCGACGUACACUGCCGCCCUGGCGCUCAUCGGCUUGGGAACGGACUCGGGGUUUCUGCCUGUGAUGUGCGUCACGCGCCUCUUCCCCGGUUCCGCGGGGUUGAUCAUCACGAUUCUCAGUUCGGCGUCGUCGGCGAGCUCUGCGGUCCCCGCAGUGCUCGCACCGUUUGUCGAGACCCAGGGGGCAAGUCUGCGAACGGUUGCGCUGUGCUACGUCGGCGUCGGACCGAUUCUCAGCAUCCUCGUUGCGCUGUUCCUUGUGCCUACGCACAACUACCUGGUCGACUGCGACGUGCCAGACGCUGCGACGCAGCACGCGAAGCGCGGCGGGCGCGCAGUCGACACUUUCUCGGAAAAAGCUACGCGUCGCCGCGACCUCGAGGCGGGCGGCGCGGAUCUGUGUCUGUCGGGCGACACUCGACGGCAGUCGAGCUGCAAGUCGGCAGCGUCGCUGUCCGUCGUGACGAGUUUGGCCAUCGGCGACAAGUCUGUCAGCGACGAUGCGCGCGCGCUGGGAGGGCCUGCCACCGGAAAGCGCGCCGCUUGUGGAGCAGAUACAGGCGCCUACGCAGAGAUCCAGUCUGAGGUUGCGACGCCCCCCGCCGGGCCUGAAGGCGCAGAGGGCGACGAACUGGCCUGCGUGGCGACAGACGACUCUGAAACUGCAACAGAAGGCACGUGGUCUGUCGAGGGGGAACUGCGGAGCGAGGUCCCUGCGACCGCGGCACUCAAAGACAAGGUGCGCGAGAAGUUUUCCGAUGCAGAGUACGUGGCGGCGAUCGGCGCCGAAGAGGAGGCGGAGCUAUGCGUCUGCGGCGCGCUGCGAGCGGCGGCGCCGUCGCCAAAACUUCAGGACGACAGGGGUGACACCUCAGGUCUGCGCCCGUUUCUGAAGCAGGUGUUUUCGGAGCGCUAUCUGCUUGUAGUGGUGUAUUUCAUCGGCGUGGCGUGGGGCGGGACGUUCUAUACACAGGCCCCGCGGCGCAUGUUUCCUGACUCCGUCGUCGAUUUCAUGGAGAUUAUCCAGCCGUUGAGCUUCAUUCCGUGCGUCAUUCUCGGAAAGCUUGCAGACUGCUUCGGCAUUGUAAAGAUCAUGGCUGUUGUGAACACCUGCGGGCUGCUGAUGUAUUUGACGUCGAUGAUUCGCGUGCACGAUGCAUUUGGGUACGUUUCUGUCACGUUCUACGCACUGUACAUGUCACUUUUCGCGAGCCAAGCUUUCGUGUACAUUGAAGCAACGUUUUCUGCGCAAUUCUUUGGUAAACUCAUCGGCCUGACAGUCAUGUGCGGCGGCCUCCUGUCUUUGCUGACGAACUGCAUGUACGAAGGCGUGGUGAUUCGCAUUGGCAAAGGCGACCCGUUCUUCAUGCAGAUCGCAAUGACUAUCCUUAUGGCGAUUCAGUACAUAUGGCUUGGCAUUCUUUUGUGGCUCCACCAGAAAAAUCCGCAUCCGUACCGUCAGUUUGUUCGCCGCUCCUCAGUCGACCACACUUCCGAGGGAGAGGCCUCCGUGUGCAUGGUGUCAUCGAACGACGCCUGUAGGAAGCCCAGCGACAAAAGUUUUGGCAGUACCGUGUUCAUGACGUCAACCACGUGA